AUGGUGCCGACUCUUCUGGCCUGUCCAGACUACCUUGUCGAACGAAUUGUGGCGUCGUUGGACUUGGAGGGCAUUCGGAACCUACGACUCACGAGCAAAGCCGUGUCUGUCAAGGUGUCGCAGGGGCGUUUUCGGCUCCUCUGUCAGUCGAAAUGUGUCGACCUGACUAGUGAAGGGUUGCAGACGUUUCUCAAGAGCAUAGAAGCAAAUGGCUCUCGGCUCAAGAAUUUGAGUCUCAUAGGACUGGCGCGAAAGCCGAGCCCACAGGAAGACAAAAGAGAGACGAAGAGAAGACAAGAAAGCAAAACUCGUCAUCUCACCGAGGCACUCAACAAGAUUACAAGACGCAAGAAGAAUGGUCGUCUCGAGUCGCUUACCCUAGGACUGACUAUCGUUUACAUGGAUGAGACACAGCAUCUCCCUAUUGAUGCUAAGAUACCGUGGCGGUAUCCAACAAAACGCGUAUGGGCCUGCGCAGUUGAUACAUGGGUCUUCGAUGUUGAUAUGGACUUUGUCCAGAUGGAAGACUUUGAAUUGCACUACUUCCAUACCUACAACGACCGCUUCGAUAUAGACAGAAACUUUCACUCCGAGAGGAUUCUCCAGAACGUGGUAGAGCUAGAAAAUCUACCCAAGCUGAGGCGGAGCAGGCUACGCGGUAUAAAGACCACAGAGACAGACUUGCUCAACUUCAUCAAACGAACUGACCCCAUCGACUUGGCUCUCGAGUCUGUCCAUCUAGAAGAGGGGGGAUUUGCGUCAAUCAUCGAACUCGUCUCCAUGCUUUGA